AUGUUUAAUAGAAGUAAUAUUAAAAACGGGUUAGCCCCCGUAUCGAGGUCAUUUCAGAGAAAUGUUGCUAUGAAGGGUGAUGUUCAUUUAUCCAAUAGAAGAGUAAUGAGAAAGAUUAAGCUCGGUAAAGCUAGACCUGCGAUUUUCCACCAAUUUGAAACAUUAGUAGAACUUAGUGAUGGUUCAGUCAUUAAAAGAAGGUCCCAAGCACCUAAGGAUGAAAUAAGAAUGAUUAACGAUCAAAGAAAUAGUACAUUAUGGAAUCCACACAGAUCAGACUUGGCAAGCAUCAAUCCUAAUGCUACAGGUAAGGUUAACAGAUUCAAACAAAGAUUCUCUUCGUUUGAGCAAAAAGAUGAUCAAGAAGUAGCUGAUGUUGAAAUGGAAAAUGCAGCUGAUAGCGAAAAUAUCCAGACGAAAUCAAAACAUGAUGACUAUAUUGAAUUAAUGGGGCAUAACGUGGAAGAAGUUAAAGGCGGAAAGUUGUUAGACAAAAAGUCAAAUAAGAAAAAGAAAUGA